GUGCAGGACACGGUGCAGGUCUUCCAGCACGCCGUGCCCGCCGAGGGCAAGCCCGUCACCAACCAGAAGAACUCCGGGAGGUGUUGGAUUUUCUCGUGUCUCAACGCAAUGCGUCUUCCUUUCAUGAAGAAAUACAACAUUGAAGAGUUUGAAUUCAGCCAGUCCUAUCUCUUUUUCUGGGAUAAGGUGGAACGUUGUUACUACUUUUUAAAUGCCUUUGUGGAAACAGCUCAGCAGAACGAGCCUGUGGAAGGCAGACUGGUGCAGUUCCUGCUCGCCAACCCCACGAAUGAUGGGGGACAGUGGGAUAUGUUGGUUAACAUUAUUGAAAAGUAUGGUGUUGUCCCCAAGAAAAACUUCCCGGAGUCUCAUACCACAGAGGCCACUAGAAGGAUGAAUGAGAUCUUGAAUCAUAAGAUGAGAGAAUACUGUUUGCGGCUAAGAAAUAUGGUGGAAAGUGGAACAAUGAAAGGAGAGCUUUGUGCUGCAAUGGACACGAUGAUAGAAGAGGUAUUCAGAAUAGUGAGUACUUGCCUGGGCAACCCUCCGGAGACUUUCUGCUGGGAGUUCCGGGAUAAGGAGAAGAACUACCACAAGUAUGGCCCCAUGACACCGGUGCAGUUCUACAAUGAGCAUGUGAAGCCUUACUUCAACAUGGAGGACAAGAUUUGUCUAGUGAAUGAUCCUCGGCCUCAGAAUCCAUACAACAGGCUGUACACAGUGGAGUACCUGGGCAACAUGGCAGGAGGGAGGAAAACACUCUACAACAACCAGCCUGUGGAUGUCCUGAAGAAACUAGCUGCAGCAUCCAUUAAGGAUGGCGAGGCUGUGUGGUUUGGCUGUGAUGUUGCAAAGCACUUCUAUAGCAAGCUGGGAAUCAAUGACUUGAAUAUAUACAAUCAUGAGCUGGUGUUUGGUGUCUCCGUCAAGAACUUGAACAAAGCAGAACGGUUAAUCUUUGGGGAAUCCAUGAUGACCCAUGCCAUGGUGCUGACGGCUGUCACUGAGAAGGAUGGGCAAGAAGAUGCAUUUGAAAAAUGGAGAGUGGAAAACUCUUGGGGUGAAGACCGUGGUAAUAAAGGUUACCUGAUUAUGACUGAUGACUGGUUUUCUGAGUACGUGUAUGAAGUGGUGGUGGACAAGAAGCACGUACCAGAAGACAUCCUGGCGGUGAUGGAGCAGGAACCAAUUGUUUUGCCAGCGUGGGACCCUAUGGGGGCUUUAGCCAAGUGAAUAUUUGCCUCUUAACGGUCAACCAGAAGUAGAUGCAAUAGAGAAUUCCAGUGGUUGGAAGCCAUAGCCAAAUGAUAAUGUGACCAAGCCCUCAGCAUGGUCCAUAUUCUUGAAAUGUAAGUUAAGGAUCAUUGGGAAAUAGCGCUUUACUGACUCGCCUGAAUGAAGCUCUUGGACAGGCUACUCCAAAAGCCAAAAAGGGGAAAGGCAAAACCUCAUCAUGGAAA